CAGUGUUGAGAACAGAGGAAGGAGUCUGGAUUCAGCUGUCUGUGGAUGUACUGCAUUCACGUUGGCCACAGCUGUUUGCGUAGCGAGUUCUCUACUGUGUUGUAGGAGUAUAUUCACUCAUAAGGAUUGCAUGUAUGUUAAUGUCACGGUUUUGGAAGGCACAGAGCUGUAUGUGAUGCACUGAUAACACAUCCAAGUGCAUACAAGACAUCCAAGUCCAUGGUGUUAACACGCUCAGGUGUAUCUGAACCUUCUUUUAUUGCCAAGAGUGAAGAUCGUUUGUUUAAACGUUUAUUUGAAGACUAUCAAAGAUGGGUUCGUCCAGUGGAACACUUGAAUGAUACGAUAAAAAUCAAGUUUGGUCUUGCAAUCUCUCAGCUGGUAGAUGUGGAUGAGAAGAAUCAGCUGAUGACCACAAAUGUCUGGCUGAAACAGGAAUGGAUAGAUGUAAAAUUAAGAUGGAACCCUGAAGAGUAUGCUGGAAUAACAUCUAUUCGUGUCCCAUCGGAUUCUAUUUGGAUCCCAGACAUUGUGUUAUAUGACAAUGCAGAUGGACGUUUUGAGGGGACGUCUACUAAAACUGUGGUAAAAUAUGAUGGCACCAUUGCUUGGACUCCACCAGCAAAUUACAAAAGUUCUUGUACUAUUGAUGUAACCUUCUUUCCCUUUGACCUCCAAAACUGCUCUAUGAAAUUUGGUUCCUGGACUUACGAUGGCUCCCAAGUUGAUAUAAUUUUAGAAGAUUAUGAUGUUGACAAAAGAGACUUUUUUGAUAAUGGAGAAUGGGAAAUAGUGACUGCAACAGGGAGCAAAGGAAAUAGAACUGAUGGAUGCUGCUGGUAUCCCUUUGUUACAUAUUCGUUUAUAAUUAGACGUUUACCUCUUUUUUACACGUUGUUUCUCAUCAUUCCUUGCAUUGGACUUUCUUUUCUAACUGUCCUCGUCUUCUAUCUUCCUUCAAAUGAAGGUGAAAAAAUUUCCCUUUGCACUUCAGUCCUGGUAUCUCUGACUGUUUUCCUUCUUGUCAUUGAAGAGAUUAUUCCAUCGUCUUCUAAAGUUAUCCCACUUAUAGGAGAAUACUUGGUGUUUACUAUGAUAUUUGUGACACUGUCCAUCGUGAUAACUGUCUUUGCUAUCAAUAUUCAUCACCGCUCUUCGUCUACACACAACGCCAUGGCACCUUGGGUUCGCAAGAUAUUUCUUCACAAACUUCCCAAGCUGCUUUGCAUGAGAAGUCAUGUAGAUAGAUACUUUGCUCAGAAGGAGGAAAAAGGAAAUACGAGUGGAUCAGAGUCAUCCAGAAACACCUUGGAAGCUGCUCUAGACUCUAUCCGGUAUAUCACAAGGCAUGUUAUGAAGGAGAAUGAAGUUCGUGAGGUUGUUGAAGACUGGAAAUUUAUUGCUCAGGUGCUUGAUCGAAUGUUCUUAUGGGCCUUUCUUCUGGUUUCAAUAAUUGGAUCACUUGUGUUAUUUAUUCCUGUUAUUCAUAAAUGGGCAAGUAUAAUAGUACCUGUGCAUAUAGGCAGUACAAAUACAUAAGAUAUUUUUGGAUCUCCUGCUAACAUCAUUCUAAAAAGGUUUGGUAGUAUUAAGUUUCCAUGCAUGUUCUUUGUAGGCACGUUUCUGAUAGGAAAAAAAAAUACAGUCCUAAACUUAACAAUUGUGAUGUUAAAGCAUGGCACAUGGGACUCACAGAAGUCAAUUUGCUUAGUGCCAGUCCAUUAAGAUACUUGGACAUCAGGUCAAAAUCAAAGACCUUUGCAAAUAUCUGCAUGUGUGUGUUAGGAGCAGCACAUACUGACACCUACUGAGAAGGAGAAGGAUUGAGAUUUCUUAAUGAAGAUCACUGUAGUCCCAUUAUUAAGUUACUAUGGGAAAUAUUAUAUUUAUUGUUAAAUUUUUGCAGAUGCUUGCACAAUAGAGUUGUAUUUCAUCUUAUUAUAUUAUGCAAAUGAGAACUUGUAUCUACACAUGUAAAUGAAAAAUUAUAAUAGAAACAUCACUUGAACUUCCUUUCUUUUCAGCAGACCAAUAAACAGAGCAUUCUGACUGCGUUAUGCCUCCAUAAAUUUUCAGUGGCAUUUGCUGCUGAACUUAAAAUCUUGUUAAUUCUACCAUACUAAUGUGACCCUGUGAUAUACUGAGCCUUAAAAUGCUUACAGGAUACGUGAGUAUUGACAUCUCUGUGUCAGCUGUAUCUCAUAUAUGUAUAUUUAAAAUUAACAAUUAAUGAUAAUAAAAUUAUUUACUCUAAACUAUAUUAAUUAAAUAAUGGGUGUUAAUUUUCAAAUUGAUUCCAGUGCUGCUAUUCUUAAAAGUUUUAUUUCUGGCAGAGACUCUAGAAGAGAAUGUUUUUCCUACACGUUAGGUUUUGUCAGUUUCUUUGUUCCUUCACAACACAGCUGAUUCCAGCAGGGCUCAUGUGCAGCCUUUCAAGUCCCCUGCACAGGGAAGUGAUGCCAACUAAUCUGUAAAAACCUGCUGUUAUUUUUUACCAAGUUAUAAAUAAUUCUGGUUGAAAAAGAAACUGCUCUUCCUCUUCAGUUCCACAAUUCCAUCUAGCAUUAGAUAUCAGUAUUUUCUGCUUUCCCAUCAUAAUUUAUUUUAAAAGUGAAUUUGCAGUCUGAUUUAAUCCAUUAGUACAGCAACUUUUUCAGUAUCGCUAAUAUUAAUGCAUCAGAAACUGUGUGUGAAAAUUGCAGAAAAGCUUUGGGCAUCUUGUUUCCUUUCCAAGAGCAAAGUUUCUUUUUGUAGUCCUCCUUAGCUUUGAAUUACUUACUACAGUUUACCCUUACAAAGGUAACAAAGGAAAGGAAAACAAAGCAAGGAUAUUAGCCAUGUAUCUUUUUAGCUCCCCUCCUGCACCUUGUUCAAUAAUGUCUGAAGACUCUUAAUUAUAUCAUAGGGUAAUUGGCAGUGUGGCCAACGGAGUUCCAGCCUUUAUACUAGUAACUAACAAUUUCUGUAAAUGCAUGAAGUUCCUUCAGUCGUUUCUUUAAUCAGAUCACGAUGUCUGUGGAUGAAAAAGAUAUGCUGGAACCCUCGGGGUUUUCAGCUCAUCCUCAGGUGUGUGUGAAACGAAAUUAUUUUCAAUAGACUCAGAAGCAUGGGCCUUUACUUAUGUAACUCCUUUCUGAAUGUGCUGAGAUGUAACUACUGUAGUUUUGUCUCUUGGUCAAAAUAAAUGAAAGAAAAUCCCAAUUUUCAACAGCUUGAUUCUCUUUAUUUUUAUAAAUGUUACCUCAUUUGACAGCGCUGUCUCUAAAAAGUUUCCAGUUUGGUACAGAGAGAACAAUUUAUAUAUUUACAAAACAUCUCAUUAGAGUAUUUUUGUUGUACUGUUUAUCCAAGCUCUCAAAUCAUCUUGUUAUUAUUUAAAACAAAAGGCAUACCUAAGACAUAAUUUUAGCAUACUUUACAGGAGUAUUUUGUAUCCACUUGCCUUCCCUUGUAAUAAAACCAUCAUCUGUUACUCACCUACUAUUCCUUUCGUAACAAACCUGCCCACAGACCUUUCUUCCCACACUGAAUGGGCUUGUGCACUGGGUGGCAGUGUUCUGUAGCACUUGGUACGUAUGCUUCCUCAGCCAUUCUGUCCUCAUCAGGGCACACGUUGAAUUAAUAUUUCCAAAGGUCCCAUCAUGUCUGGUGCCAAGUGUCUUCCAUUCAACUCUGGUAGCCUGCAGUACUCAACCUGUCUUGAUUCUCUGAACAUCUGUAUAAUUUGCAGUUUAUCAGCAGCUUCUUAAAUAGUUCCUAUGAAGUUUAACAUACAACCCACAUCUUUUCCAGCUAUUGUGAAAAGGAGCUGGCAAGCACAGCACAUAUUACUUGGAGAAAGUUUUAAAAUAUAUAUUUUUAUCAUGUUAUCACAUUUUUUAAUGAAGCCUUCUAGGUCAAGCAAAGUUGAGCCAAGAGAGAUCCUUAUUCUACUAUUGAAACACACAGAAGAGCUAUCAGGUGCUGGGGUAAGAGUGCAGAGUUUGGUUGGCACAAGUUUUAUUUGAUUUCAGAGCAUGAUGUUUUAAGCUUUUACAUGUCAUCUCCAGUCAUCAAAGGUUGUAAAAACAAUCCUGCUGUUCCCAGAAUACAUACCAGGAUGAAAACCCAUAGAAAAAUACGAUCAAUUACCAUGGCAACAUAUUUCCAGUCAUCCUGAAUCUGAAAAAUAAAUCAAAUAUUAAGUAGGCAUGUUUAUUAGAUUUUAAAGCAUUAGCAAUUAGGAAUCUUUA